CCCAACGUGGGUUUCUAUCGUGUAGCCACCCAGCGACAACGUUAGCUUUAUCUAGAUCAAAAUUAACACAUUUUCCACACCUCGUAGCCGCUGCAGCUCAAGGCGCCUCUUUAAGGACGCCAUUUUAGCCUCCGUCACCAACUUUCUGUUCUUUUUAAAUGAAGAGGAAGUUCUAACAGCGAAGUUACACGCGUCGCAGCAGGACACUGUUCGAAAAUGAAGACUUCUCAUGACGAAAAAUCUGUCAUAUUUCUGUUAGACGCUGCUGCACUGUAUCGAGAAACAUGCCCGGAGCUGUCACGGUUCUUCCUGCAGUGGCCUGUGAAUGCAGAUGCAUCACCAAAGCAAAAAUCCUCCAGUCUGUCGCUGAACACCUUGGUGUGUCCGUACUGUUAUCAGUGGUUGCAGCCUGACAAUCAUCGGGUGCGACUGCGGCCCAAGCAGCGUCCAUCAGCACGGGUGCAGAGCAUCCUGCGCAGAAAGGCCCGGGGGAAACGACUCAGCCUGUUGCAGAAAAAUCUGCUGCACCACUUCCAAAAGUCAUCCUCAGUACUGAUGGCCACCUGCCACACUUGCAAUAAGACAUCCAGACACAAAGGAAUGAACAGGGACAUAUUGGCUACCCUCUCCAAGACCCACAGCACCCCAGGGAGCACUGGCAAACACAAGACUCCACAGUCGACCAGCAGAUCCAGCACGACUACCCCCAAGACUCCCAGCAAAGACAAAACACCCGUUCAUACACCAAGGUCCACCUCCACCUCCUCUAACACUCCAGGGUCAGGCUCAUCUUCCUCCAAGCCCCCCUCUAAACCUAAAAAUUGGGUUGUCCAGCGUCUCAGCAAGAUUCUCAUGCGAGAGGACAAGCAGGGCAGCAAGAAGGGAGGCUUGAAAGAUUUCCUUUCCUCACUUUGAGUAUCUCUUAUGUGCUCUUAAAAAAAAACAGGGGGUAGACCCUUGUUGUAACCCGUUUACACCAAAGGCUAAAGGGUAAACUAAAGAGAGUAACUUUGGUUUCCAAGCCCGUGUGGGAAGGGUUAGAGUUUGCCCACCAACACAACUAUUGCUGGGCUGUUUGGAAUGGCACUCCUGGAAUCCUGAAUCUAGCGACUGGGAGCGCUGGGCUGGUUAUUUCAACUAUUAAUCAGGGUUAUUGCAUCCUCUGCUGAGCCUGUCAGAGGAGAAUGCUUUGCUCCUUUGUCUAAUUUAGCACACGCCUGUUGUAAUCUCCUAAACCGGGGAUUUUACUUUCAGUGGAAUGUUUGAGGAAUUAUUCAGUAUUUAUCAAAUGGCUAGAUCACAGGAAAACCCAUCUUUGUUCUGUGGUGGUGCUUGUGGCAUUACAAGCUGGUUUACAUGCCAAUAUCCUUCUCCAUUUUGGAUUUUUUUUCCUAAAAUUACAAUCAUACAUUUAUAUGAUAAAUAUAAAACUAUUUGAUAUUCAUACUACUUGAUGUUAAAACUUUUGUAUUUGAAUUUAUUUACUUAUUUUUUGGCCCUCUCCAGUGGGGAGAUUUCACAAAUAUGCUGUAAAUAUGAUGUUAACACUGUUGCAUUUUUGUACAUGCAUGUGUAAAUGAUUUUAACACUGUGCAAGUCACCAAUGAAGAUAUUUGUAAUUAUAAUCUAAAAUGGGACUCAUCAGUUGUUGUUUACAUUGAAUAGGCACAUUUGCCUAAAACUUGUACACAAAGACGUACUGACAAUACAUAUUGUCAAGGCUUUCAAUUUUCUUUUAAUAUUUUCUUUGGAUAUGUAUUUGUGAAUGGUUCUCUCUUUUCAUCUUUUUGUUAAGAGCAGGAAUUUAAAUAUAUUUACUGCAUUUUUCUACUGCCUGAUUACCUACCUGUUGUCCAUUAGCUGUUUAAUGUACAGUGUGUGUUUAAAUCCUGAAAUACCUCACAUUUGUAUUCCACCUACAUCUUAAUUCUCUGAAAUAAAACCUUUUCAGUCUGUGAA